UUCAUAAAAAAAUUAAUGAAUUACAGGAUUAAGUACGGUCGUAACAGGCAACACCGUCUCCUUUUCGUUUUCCUGGUCGAGGUAACCGUUCUGUUUCAACUUCCAAUCGCAAAUCAAAGCCAAAAAUGGCUUCCGUUACGCUACACAUACAGUCACCACCACUCAACCACGACGUCGUUUCGCUUCCAAGGAAUCAUUUCCCUCUCGUCACCUUCAAAACAACCUUCUUUGGCUCCUCGUUGACCGCGAACGGGAAAACGCUUUCUCUACCAAAAACCUUUCGAACUCAACCUGUAAUCACUUCUUCUUCUACUCACACGUUCGAUGUUGUAAUUAUUGGUGCUGGAAUCAUCGGGUUAACUAUUGCCCGGCAGUUCCUCAUCGGGUCGGACCUUUCCGUUGCUGUUGUUGAUAAGGACGUACCUUGCUCUGGUGCUACUGGCGCUGGUAUUCUUAGGAACAUUCUGAUUAUUAUCUUUCGUUUUGUUUAUUUUUUUCUGAAUAUUGUUUUUGUUUUACUUUGUGACGGUUACAGGGCAGGGAUACUUGUGAAGAGAUUAUCUGAAGCUGGAUUGAGAGCAGAGUACUUAACAAGUGAUGCUUUGCGAUUAAAGGAACCUGAGCUUGAGGUCGGUAAAGAUGGUGGGGCUGCGUUUCUACCCGAUGAUUGUCAGUUGGACGCUCAACGUGCUGUUGCAUUCAUUCAAAAGGCUAAUAGGCAUUUUUCUACAAAAGGGAGAUAUGCGGAGUUCUUUCAUGAUCCAGUGACAAGUUUGUUGAGAUCUGAUAGCAGUAGUGAGGUUGAAGGUGUUCGGACUUUGAAGAAUACAUUGUACAGUAAGAAGGCUGUUAUAGUGGCAGCUGGUUGUUGGAGCGGUUCUUUGGUACAUGACUUGUUUAGGGAUUCAGAUUUUUUGUUGAAUGUCCCUGUUAAGCCUCGGAAGGGUCACUUGGUUGUCCUUGAGAACUUUAGUUCCUUUAGAUUGGACCAUGGCCUGAUGGAGAUGGGUUAUGUUGAUCAUCUACAUGAUGCUUUAGAUCGCAAAAGUUCACAUUCAGUAAAAGUAGAGGAAGGGCAAACCUUGUCUGUCUCAAUGACGGCCACCAUGGACACAAUGGGAAACCUUGUUCUUGGGAGCAGCCGUCAGUUUACCGGGUAUAGCACUAAAGUGGAUGAGUCCAUUAUUAAUCAUAUAUGGAAGAGGGCUGGAGAGUUCUUUCCCAAACUAAAAGAGCUGCCCCUUGAAGAUUUCACUUUGGAUAGAAAAGUGAGAAUAGGAUUGCGCCCUUAUAUGCCUGAUGGGAAGCCAGUGAUUGGGCCUGUGCCUGGUUUGAUGAACGUGAUCAUCGCAACUGGGCAUGAAGGUGGAGGACUUUCUAUGGCUUUGGGUACUGCUGAAAUGGUUGCUGAUAUGGUGUUGGGCAAUCCUGGAAUUGUUGAUUUGGCAGCAUUUGCACUUCAAGGUCGAUGUUGCUAAUAAAUACCCGUGUUUUUUACAAGAUGGAAGAUGGAAUGGUUGUAUGAUUGGCCGGUAUUUAAUGGUCUGCUGGUUUUCUGGGACAUCUCAAGGUCACCGGGAAUAGUGCUGAAUUUUGGUAGCUGCUGACAUAUUUUGUAUGCCUUUCGUAUUUUGUAUGCCUUUAAACUGAACCAUUAGUUUUAUCUUCUGGUUCUUUUUUCUCUCCUUUGUCUGUCUUUCAUCAUUUUACUGUUAAUCUUGCGUGCACAUCUAAGACAAAUGUUAUAGUCCCAUUUGACUCUC